AUGCUGCGUAAACGCCUACAACGGACGGGCGGGCUUUCAUUUAAAAGUGGCCGUAUUCGGUCGUCUGUUCCCAUCCGCACGCGUAAAGGCAUUGUCCAUCGGCUGUCUAUCUGUCUGUCUUCCUUCCUUCCUUCCUUCCUUCAUUCUGUCUUUCCUUCCUUCCUUCUUUCCUUCCUUUUUUCCUUCUUUCUUUCCUUCUUUCCUUCUUUCCUCCCCUUCCUCCUUCCUUUUUUUCCUUCCUUGUUUUUGCUUUUGAUUUCAUUAUUUUCCUUUUUCAUUCCUUCCUUCCUUCCUUCCUUCCUUUUUCCUUCCUUCCUUUUUUCUUCCUUCUUUCUUUCCUCCUUCAUACCUUCUUUAUAUUAUUUCCUCCUCUCUUCCUUCCUUCCUUCUUUUUUAGUUUUUUUUUCAACUCCUUCCUUCCUUUCUUCCUUCCUUCUUUAUUUUAUUCUUUCCUUUCUUUUACAAAACAUCCUUUCUUUUUGGUCCUUCCUUUAUUUUCUUCUUUCCUUCCUUAUUUUUUCUUUUUUUUUGGUUUUUCCUUCCUUCCUUUUUUCUUUCCUUCCUUCCUUUUUUCUUUCCUUCCUUCCUUUUUUCUUUCCUUCCUUCCUUCCUUCCUUCCUUCCUUCCUUCCUUCCUUCUUUUACCCUUCCUUCUUUCCUUCCUUCAUUUUUUUUUUUUUUUAACUUCCUUCCUUUUUCAUUCCUAAUUCUUUCUUUCUUUCUUUUUUUUUUCUUUUCUUUCUUUAUAAGUGAUUCCUUCCUUCCAUCUUUCCUUCCUCUUCCUUCCUUCCUUCCUUUCUCUUCGCAACACUCACAAGGCCUCAAGUGUUUUCACAGUCGAUGUGAACUGACCGUACUUAUUUUUUAUCCAUCUCAAUCUGUUUAUAUCUCUCGCCAUCUUCUUAUCAAUAUCUAUCUAUCUAUCUCUGUCUAUAUAUAUAUUCCUGUUCAUAACUCUCUCUCUCUCUCUCUCUCUCUCUCUAUCUAUCUAUCUAUCUCAGUCUGUUCAUUAUCUAUCUAUCUAUCUAUCUAUCUAUCUAUCUAUCUAUCUAUCUAUCUAUCCUUUUUACGAUGUAUCUAUCUGACUAUCUAUUCAUAUCUAUUUUCAUAG